AAAAACAUGUCCAGUGCUUGUAACUGCCAAGUGCCAAACUCUCAAGUCAAUAAAGAUUCAACGAGUCCUCAACUCUAUUCUUAUUUCACAACUACCUCAGUCACUGGCAUCAACAUAAGAAGAGAAGAGGAAAAAACAAAAGAGCCGGAAGGUUAGAAGCAGCGAACUCAGCUAUUUACCUCGGGACUGUGAGCGCGGCGUCGCGACGAGGAGGAGGCGGUGUCGCGGCGAGGUGGAGGCGGCGUCGCGGCGACGUUCGAGGCAGUGUCGCAGCGAGGGACGGAGGCUUUGGUCUGGAUUUUGGAAGCAGAAGGGUUUUGCAAGUCGCAACUGAGAUCCAUUGGGAGGUGGAUUGAGUGGCUAAGAGAAAUUUGGAUGGGAGGGCAGCCAGCUAACAAGAUAAGAGACAUUACCACAUGGUUUUGUCUUCCAAAAUCAUCAAGAAUUUCUUCUACAAACAAGUUAGAAGAAAAAAGAUGAGUCUAUGAACAUCAUUCCCCACAUGCUUCAAUGAAAUUGAAUAGAUGGGGAUAGCUUAACUACUUGUGUCUUUCCGAGAAAGCCUACGAAAUGAGAGAUGAGGGAAGAGUGCAGAAAGAUCUUGGUAUGCACCUAGAAAAUAGCUUAAUCAAUUUGCUUGAAUCAAUAAGAUGACUGGGAAACAAAACCAUGUGAUUCCUCAUUUCUGUGUCUCAACAAAACCAUGUGAUCCCAUAUAUUUCUGAUUGAAACUAAAAGGCCCCAUACAACUGGGGGUGGAACAUGGUUUUGCCUUCCUUUUAAAUACAUCACUUCUGUAUGGAUUUUGAUCAUCAACACCUCCAAUUUUUCCCACCCAAUACCUAAGGUUUCUACUGAUCUUGUUGGAUUCCAUUAUAUUUCUCUCAAAUUCCUAGUUUAAUAUCAUGAUCAGUAGCAAGAAGCUCAUCAAGUUGGUGAAAAGAUGGCAGAAAUUCGUUGCCAUCCGAAGAAAGAGGAUUUCACUUCCAAGACUAAAUGAUGAUGCAGAUAGCUGUAGUACUUCCUCUGCAGUUAGCAAGGGUCAUUUUGCUAUCUACACAGCUGAUCAAAAGCGGUUUGUUGUCCCUCUAUCUUAUCUCGAGAAUGAGAUUAUUAGGCAACUCUUGAACUUGUCCGAAGAAGAAUUUGGACUUCCAAGCGAUGGGCCAAUUACACUACCAUGUGAUGCAGUGUUCAUGGACUACAUCAUUUCACUUCUUAGCCGAGGCUUAUCCAGAGAAGUCGAGAAUGCAUUGCUUAUCUCAGUUACUUCAUCCCGGUGUUCAUCAGCUUCACUGAACCAUGAAGGGUGGAGAACUCAGGAAUUGCUAGUUUGUUGACAGAUAGAAUUAACUAUUUUAAGUAUACUUAGAAAGUUUAGAUUUCAAAUGUAACUCAACUCAUAGACUUCAAAUUUCAACAAGUUUGCUUUUUAUAUCAGAUUGCCUACCCCCCCAUCUCUGUAUUUAUUUAUUUAUUUGUUUUUACAUAACUGAUUUGAGUGAUACUUGGUUCUGCUUCACUAAGGCCAGUCUAUAUAAGCUUAACAGUAGUUCUAAGAAUGAAAUGAUCUGAAAUCGAUAAUAUUUUCUCCUUACACUACACUUUGUUUU